AUUAAUAAAGUGACAAAAUGCUACUUACACUACUACUACUAUCACAGAUUCACCAAACCCCAUGUACUCUCCGGCCACCGUCACUCCGCCGUCCGGUUUUCCUCCGGCCACCAUUCUCCAAAACCCUCGAAAAACCAGAACCAUCAAAUCUUUCUCCAAAUCAUCAUCGUCUUUUUCUUCAAAUUCAACUCUCCAAACUUCAAAGCCAACAAUCCAAAUCCACCACGAAGCAUGUAGAACUCGAAUUUCCGCUCGUUUUCUCCCAAAACCUAGGGUUUCAUCGGACGAUGCACAGCCUAGAGUCUCGGUUAACGAAGAUGAAGAAGCAUCGGAGCCGAGUUUUCUGGAGUUUAUUACAUCAGAGAGAGUUAAAGUUGUUGCGAUGGUGGCGUUGGCGCUGGCGCUGUGUAAUGCGGAUCGUGUUGUGAUGUCGGUUGCGAUUGUUCCGUUGUCGCAGUCUCGUGGCUGGAGUCAGGCUUUUGCUGGUGUUGUUCAGUCAUCUUUUCUUUGGGGUUAUAUGAUAUCACCGAUUGCCGGAGGAACACUAGUGGACUAUUAUGGUGGUAAAAUAGUUAUGGCAUGUGGGGUAGCUUUAUGGUCAAUGGCUACAUUUCUUACCCCAUGGGCUGCCGAUCAUUCUCUUUUGGCACUACUUACCAUGCGUGCUUUGCUUGGCGUUGCAGAAGGCGUAGCACUUCCAUGUAUGAACAACAUGAUAGCAAGAUGGUUUCCAGAAACGGAACGGUCAAGGGCUGUUGGGCUUGCAAUGGCUGGGUUCCAGCUUGGAAGUGCUAUUGGACUCACGCUUUCUCCGAUCCUGAUGUCACAAGGUGGUGUAGGAGGACCCUUUAUAAUAUUUGGAUUAUCUGGCUUUCUAUGGGUUUUGGUAUGGGUAUCUGCAACAUCUAGCACUCCAGAGAGAAGCCCUCAAAUAACUAAAUAUGAGUUAGAAUACAUACAAAGCAAAAGGAAAAAGGGUCAAAUGAAGACAGCCAAAAUAAUCCCACCGUUCAGGCGUUUGCUUUCUAAAUUACCUACUUGGUCCCUCAUUGUUGCUAAUUCCAUGCAUAGCUGGGGAUUCUUUGUUAUUCUUUCAUGGAUGCCGGUUUACUUUAAAACAAUAUAUCAUGUUGACCUUCGACAAGCAGCAUGGUUUAGUGCUGUUCCUUGGAGUAUGAUGGCAUUAGUGGGUUACUUGGCUGGUGUUUUUUCGGACAAACUGAUUCAAAGUGGGAUGACCAUAACUUUGACUCGCAAAAUUAUGCAGUCAAUUGGUUUUGUGGGACCCGGUAUUGCUCUUAUUGGUCUGAUUAUGGCAAAAAGCCCAGUAGUAGCGUCCGCUUGGCUUACUUUAGCUGUGGGUCUGAAAUCAUUUAGUCACUGUGGAUUCCUUGUUAACCUUCAGGAGAUUGCUCCACAGUAUUCUGGUGUUCUACAUGGCAUGUCAAACACUGCAGGCACAUUAGCUGCCAUAGUGGGGACUGUUGGAGCUGGUUUCUUUGUGGAAUUGGUGGGCUCCUUUCAGGGAUUCUUAUUGCUGACAUCACUUCUCUAUUUCUCAGCAGCACUGUUCUGGAACAUAUUCUCCACCGGCCAACGGGUGAAUUUUGAUGAAGGUAGUUAGCUAGCUCUUUCUUUCUCAUACUCGUUGUUUUUGUAGAUACGAUUUGUCAAAAGAAGAUCCGAUGUACAUGUAAAAUGACAAGGAUAAUAUGCCAUUCGCAUUGCAAUUUAUAUGACUUGCUCUCUAUAUA